GUUUCAUUCCGCCACAGGAGAAAAUCUCCCUGAAUUGUUUUGUAAGACUUUGUGGGUGGAUUGUGCACCCGAGACUUUCGCCACAAUUCUAUGAACAGGAGUUGACUUCAAGAAGCUAUCCGUUUAUUUCGAGUACAGCAUCUAAGGAAACCGUGGGGAAAGACCCAAACUCUGAAGAAAAUGAAAUGGUUUAUUCUGUUUUUCUUGGUUCAACUACUCUCAGGUUUCAUCAUGGGUCAGGUAAAGACACCUGAUUUGGAAAAAGAGGAACCUGCUGAGUGCCCUGGAGAUGCAACAGUCGGCGGCGAUGCCAACGAGGUUGAAGUCCCUGUGAAAUGUAGGGAGAAGUCGCUACCAGAGCAGGAAGAGCAAAUUCAAAGUGAGAAAUCUGAGUCCACCACAACCAUAGUCGUUGGCUCCAUGGUUGCUGCUGUUGUCAUUCUACUGGCAGUGGUAACUCCGCUCCCCAGGGGCGCAGGAAGAGGGUGGACAUCCGGGUCCCAUGACAUCGGGGGAACAUCUGGACUGUCUGGCUUUGUCCCAUGGUAAAAAUAUCAAAUGGCUUUUUCUAUGAAGACCGUUUUGUCAGGGAAUUUAGUUUGGUGCCAUUAUGUACACACAUCCCUGAAAUACCAGAUAGGUCUUUGACAGGUUCCAUGUGACUUAUAGAGAAGUUCGCACGUGGUUUAUAGAUAAUUUGGUGUGUUUCUUACUGAUUAUUAUUAGUGCUUAUAGAUUUGGUAUGUUUCUUGCAUAUAUUAUUAAUACUUAAUAGAUAUUUUUGGUAUGUUUCUAACAUGUUAUUAAUGCUUAUAU